CGCCGGCUUGUCACACGGUAAACUUGUCCUGGACGCGCCAUUUAAGAGAUUACAAUGACAAGGACGAGCAUUACAAACAUCUUUUUAUGGACUUGACUUUGCAUUCCGAAGAAGCCCAGACAGGUUGGAUGAAAUCCAACACGCAAGCAGAGGCCGCCAAUCUUGAGAGGUCCGCAGCCUGCCGUCUUGAAGGAGCCGUCUACCAUGACGACAUUACAAGCUGCACAGUGAGCCGGAGGAGCAUUACGGACAUCGUUACACUUGGCGUCGCCGCCAUCUUGAAGCAUCCCAUCAUGCAUCUGGAGGUGAAGGUUGCCCUCAACUUCAUCGUGUCCUAUUUGUACAACAAGCUGCCUCGUCGUCGAGCCGACCUCUUCGGAGAAGAACUGGAGAGGAUCCUGGUGUCUCGCUUUGAGGGUCACUGGUACCCGGAGGACCCCCUUCGAGGUUCCGCCUUCCGCUGCCUUCACCUGGGCGCCCCCCGGGACCCGGUCGUGGAGUUGGCCGCCAAGAGAAGCGGCCUGGACACCGAUGAAGUGCGCGCCAACGUCCCUGAGGAACUUAGCGUGUGGAUCGACCCGUUUGAGGUGUCCUACCAGAUCGGAGAGAAGGGGGCGGUGAAGGUGCUCUACCUGGAGGACCUCAGCUGUGACAGAGUGCGGCCUGAGGGGCUGACGAGAGACGCUAAAGGAGACGCCGACCUCGAAGAGACUAAGAAUCUGGGCUUCAAUCCAGACGCUCAGGUCUUUAUUCCCAUUGGAAACCAGGCAUCUACUUCCAUGAUGCCUUCGCUCUCCAGCUCUCCCACUCCGCCCAGCGCUCACCCCUGCCCGGGGCUCUUCGGUUCGCCUUCCGCCCACUCCUCCAACACCUCUACCCCUUCUCCGCCCUAUGCCGCACCUCAGCAGCCCGCCUCCCGUCCUCAACCCAUCACCUUUACCACGGCCGCCUUCGCUGCCACCAAAUUCGGCUCCACCAAGAUGAAGAAAAACGGCCCGGCGGCAGCGCCACCCGCCCCCGCCGCCCACUCUCCCACCGCCAUCUUGGCUCCGGAGCUGCUCAAGCACAAGCCGCUGUCUCUGUCCAUGCACUCGCUCGGGGGUCCCGUCCCCAGCCAGCUGUCCCCCAACGCCAAAGAGUUUGUCUACUCCCCCGGUCCUCUCUACUUUGACGCCGAGCCCUCUUUUGACCCUUUCGCCAGCCCGCCACCGCCGCCGUCCCAAAGUAUGGGCAUCAUGGGCGCCACCGGCGAGAUCUCCUACAUGGAGAAGCCACCGUUUGUGGAGGCUUUAGGAAGCUACAAGCUGCAGUAUCCCAGCCAGGCCUUCCAGCCUGUGGUGCUGGCCAACUGAGCAUCCACUCCUUCCAGAACUGAACUUUCUAGAAGGUUCCGGUCCCAUUCUGGGUGCUGAAGGGGUUUUCUCUGUUAGUCAUGAAGGUUGUGCUCAAGAAGAAAAGAGCUCUGCAGCCUGCUGGGUUGUUUCUAGAAAGGGACAACUUCCAAUAAUUCAUCCCUCGGGGAGACUGCAGGAAGCCAAAGCUUUCUUUGCAUUUGAGGUAGCCGGCACUCACAUGUGGAUACCUGGAAGUAGCCGGCACUCACGUGUGGAUACCUGGAAGUAGCCGGCACUCACGUGUAGAUACCUGAAAGUAGCCGGCACUCACAUGUGGAUACCUGGAAGUAGCCGGCACUCACACGUGGAUACCUGGAAGUAGCCGGCACUCACGUGUGGAUACCUGGAAGUAGCCGGCACUCACGUGUAGAUACCUGAAAGUAGCCGGCACUCACGUGUGGAUACCUGGAAGUAGCCGGCACUCACGUGUGGAUACCUGGAAGUAGCCGGCACUCACGCCUGACAGACUCGUCCCGUCGUCUUUGCAGGAGAGCAAAGAGGGGGAAGGGAAUUUGAGGAUGUGGGGCUCAAACACGGGUGUCAAACUCAAAACCCAGGGUCCGAAUCUGGCCUGCCACAUGAAUUAAAGUGACCCGCCCCAUCAUUCCAUGUGGCCUGCCGCAUUACUUAAUAUAGUUGGCCGCCUCAUUUCAUGCGGCCUGCUGCAUUAUUUAAAAUGGCCUGCCACAUGCAGCACUAUUUAAAAUGCAUCAUUUUAUGUGGCCCUCUGCAAUAUUUAAAGUGGCCCGCCGCAUUAUUUCAUAUAGCUGGCCGCAUCAUUUCUUCUGGCCUACUGCAUUAUUUUGUGGUAAGCUGCGUUAUUUAAAAUGCUGUGCCGCGUUAUUUCAUGUGGCCUGCCGUGUUAUUUUGUGGUAAGCUGUGUUAUUUGAAAAUGGCCGGCUGCAUCCUUUUAUGUGGCCCUCAGCAUUAUUUAAUGUGGUCCGCUGCAUUAUUUCAUAUAGCUGGCCGCUGUAUUUCAUGUGGCCUGCUGCAUCAUUUAAUUCGGCCUGCCGCAUUAUUUAAAAUGGUGUGCCGCAUUAUUUCAUGUAGCUGGCCGGCCGCGUCAAUUUAUGUGGCCUGCUGCAUCAUUUUGUGGUACCUUGCAUCAUUAUAUGUUGCCCUUCACAUUAUUUAAUAUAGCAGGCCGCUGCAUCAUUUUAUGUGGCCUGCAAAAAAACAAAAGUCUGGCUAUGGUAUGCCACACUAUGGUA